UCCGGCGUGACGGGAGCAUCGGCGCUGGCUGCCCGGGCCGCGAGCGCAGCAGAGCUGUCAGCGGGCGGACGGGCAGCGGGUGACGGAGCUGCGAGCCGAGCGCACAGCAGUCGCGGCCCGGGAGACGGAGCUGCCGCCGCACCCCGGGAAAGCUGCCUUGCCGCCGGCCCGCCGACCGCGGCCGGACGAAGAUGCUGUUCCGCGCCCGGGGGCCGGUACGGGGCAGGGGCUGGGGGCGGCCGGCGGAGGCUCCCCGCCGCGGGCGCUCGCCGCCCUGGAGCCCCGCCUGGAUUUGCUGCUGGGCGCUCGCCGGCUGCCAGGCGGCCUGGGCUGGGGACCUGCCCUCCGCCUCCAGCCGCCCGCUUCCUCCUUGCCAGGAGAAAGAUUAUCACUUUGAAUAUACGGAAUGUGAUAGCAGUGGCUCCAGGUGGAGAGUUGCCAUUCCAAAUUCUGCAGUGGACUGCUCUGGCCUGCCUGACCCAGUGAGAGGCAAAGAAUGCACUUUCUCCUGUGCUUCUGGAGAGUAUCUAGAAAUGAAGAACCAGGUAUGCAGUAAGUGUGGUGAAGGCACCUAUUCCUUGGGCAGUGGCAUCAAAUUUGAUGAAUGGGAUGAAUUGCCGGCAGGAUUUUCUAACAUCGCAACAUUCAUGGACACUGUGGUGGGCCCUUCUGACAGCAGGCCAGACGGCUGUAACAACUCUUCUUGGAUCCCUCGUGGAAACUACAUAGAAUCUAAUCGUGAUGACUGCACGGUGUCUUUGAUCUAUGCUGUGCACCUUAAGAAGUCAGGCUAUGUCUUCUUUGAGUACCAGUAUGUCGACAACAACAUCUUCUUUGAGUUCUUUAUUCAAAAUGAUCAGUGCCAGGAGAUGGACACCACCACUGACAAGUGGGUAAAACUUACAGACAAUGGAGAAUGGGGCUCUCAUUCUGUAAUGCUGAAAUCAGGCACAAACAUACUCUACUGGAGAACUACAGGCAUCCUUAUGGGUUCUAAGGCGGUCAAGCCUGUGCUGGUAAAAAAUAUCACAAUUGAAGGGGUGGCGUACACAUCAGAAUGUUUUCCUUGCAAGCCAGGCACAUUCAGCAACAAACCAGGUUCAUUCAACUGCCAGGUGUGUCCCAGAAACACCUAUUCUGAGAAAGGAGCCAAAGAAUGUAUAAGGUGUAAAGACGACUCUCAAUUUUCAGAGGAAGGAUCCAGUGAGUGUACAGAGCGCCCUCCCUGUACCACAAAAGACUAUUUCCAGAUCCAUACUCCAUGUGAUGAAGAAGGAAAGACACAGAUAAUGUACAAGUGGAUAGAGCCCAAAAUCUGCCGGGAGGAUCUCACAGAUGCUAUUAGACUGCCCCCUUCUGGAGAGAAGAAGGAUUGUCCACCUUGCAACCCUGGAUUUUAUAACAAUGGAUCAUCUUCUUGCCAUCCCUGUCCUCCUGGAACAUUUUCAGAUGGAACCAAAGAAUGUAGACCAUGUCCAGCAGGAACGGAGCCUGCACUUGGCUUUGAAUAUAAAUGGUGGAAUGUCCUUCCUGGCAACAUGAAAACUUCCUGCUUCAAUGUUGGGAAUUCAAAGUGCGAUGGAAUGAAUGGUUGGGAGGUGGCUGGAGAUCAUAUCCAGAGUGGGGCUGGAGGUUCUGACAAUGAUUACCUGAUCUUAAACUUGCAUAUCCCAGGAUUUAAACCACCAACAUCUAUGACUGGAGCCACGGGUUCUGAACUAGGAAGAAUAACAUUUGUCUUUGAGACCCUCUGUUCAGCUGACUGUGUUUUGUACUUCAUGGUGGAUAUUAAUAGAAAAAGUACGAAUGUGGUAGAAUCAUGGGGUGGAACCAAAGAAAAACAAGCUUACACCCAUAUCAUCUUCAAGAAUGCAACUUUUACAUUUACAUGGGCAUUCCAGAGAACUAAUCAGGGUCAAGAUAAUAGACGGUUCAUCAAUGACAUGGUGAAGAUUUAUUCUAUCACAGCCACUAAUGCAGUUGAUGGGGUGGCGUCCUCAUGCCGUGCCUGUGCCCUCGGUUCUGAACAGUCGGGUUCAUCGUGUGUCCCCUGCCCUCCAGGCCACUACAUUGAGAAAGAAACCAACCAGUGCAAGGAAUGUCCACCUGACACCUACCUGUCCAUACAUCAGGUCUAUGGCAAAGAGGCUUGUAUUCCAUGUGGGCCUGGGAGUAAAAACAAUCAGGACCAUUCGGUUUGCUAUAGUGACUGCUUUUUCUACCAUGAAAAAGAAAAUCAGAGUUUGCACUAUGACUUUAGCAACCUCAGCAGUGUGGGCUCAUUAAUGAAUGGCCCCAGCUUCACCUCCAAAGGAACAAAAUACUUCCAUUUCUUCAAUAUCAGUUUAUGUGGGCAUGAGGGGAAGAAGAUGGCUCUCUGUACCAACAAUAUAACAGACUUUACAGUAAAAGAAAUAGUGGCAGGGUCAGAUGAUUACACAAAUUUGGUAGGGGCAUUUGUAUGCCAGUCAACAAUUAUUCCUUCUGAAAGUAAGGGUUUCCGAGCAGCCUUAUCAUCACAAUCCAUCAUUCUGGCAGAUACAUUCUUAGGAGUCACAGUUGAAACCACAUUGCAAAAUAUUAAUAUAAAAGAAGAUAUGUUCCCAGUUCCAACAAGCCAAAUACCAGAUGUGCAUUUCUUUUAUAAGUCUUCUACAGCGACAACAUCUUGUAUUAAUGGCCGAUCAACUGCUGUGAAAAUGAGGUGUAAUCCUACUAAAUCUGGAGCAGGAGUGAUUUCAGUCCCCAGCAAGUGCCCAGCAGGUACCUGUGAUGGGUGUACAUUCUAUUUCCUGUGGGAGAGUGCUGAAGCUUGCCCUCUGUGUACGGAGCAUGACUUCCAUGAGAUUGAGGGAGCCUGCAAGAGAGGAUUUCAGGAAACCUUAUAUGUGUGGAAUGAACCUAAAUGGUGCAUUAAAGGAAUUUCUUUGCCUGAGAAAAAGUUGGCAGCCUGUGAAACGGUUGACUUUUGGCUGAAGGUGGGAGCUGGUGUGGGAGCUUUUACUGCCGUUUUGCUGGUGGCUCUGACCUGCUACUUCUGGAAAAAGAAUCAAAAACUGGAAUACAAAUAUUCCAAGUUAGUAAUGACGACUAACUCAAAAGAGUGUGAACUCCCGGCUGCAGACAGUUGUGCUAUCAUGGAAGGAGAAGAUAAUGAAGAGGAAGUUGUAUAUUCCAAUAAACAGUCACUACUAGGAAAACUCAAAUCUUUGGCAACCAAGAUCCCCUUCUGGGUGGGCUAUCACUAGAAGUUGUACCCAGGAAGCCUGAGGUUACUGUUGGAGUAAAUAACACAUCAUGCCCUAGAUUGGUGAGGCAGAAUCCAGGAUGUUCAGAUAAGUGUAAAUAACCUUAUGUAGUGGUGUAUAUGUGUGUCUGUCUGUGUGUAUGUAUGUGUAUGUGUGUUCUUCCUGAUCAUUAUCCGUGAAGUGGCCAAAAGGAGAUGAUCCCUUUCCAUGGGCAGCCAUAUUUGAUGACCAAACUGCUGUAUUAAGAUGUGUGGAUCAGGAGGAGGUGAGGGAGAUAGAGUCAGAAAUCUUUUUGAGUCACUUUCUGAGAAGGUCUUACAAUGCUCGAUAAUACCAUAUGCUUUUGGACAGUAGGAAAUGUAGAAGGUCCACUGAAUACCUCUACUCUCAACUAAUUUAUGGGUAGCUUUUGUGAUAAAAAGUGCCCUAUUGUCAGACAGCAAAUGGUCUUUAAAGCUACCAACUUUAUACUGAUUUGUUUCAAGGUUCACAAUGUAUGGGUAGAGUUAGCUGAUCAGACUGGAAUAGCAACACCAUACCCUGAACAGUUGUAAAUAGUGGUGAGGCAUCACCAAUAGCCCAAAGAGGUGGUCAAAGGUAUUUUGUAAUCAAUUUGCCCGGGAAGAACUGGUCAACUUUUGGCAUGAGUCCCAAGUCUGGCAUCUGCAGUAACUUCUGCAUAAGAAAAAUAUGUGCCCUUGUGCCCAGUCUGUGAUGGCAGAUGCUUUGCCAUGUUGGGUGAGAUGAUGGACCCAUGCACCAUUUGUGACAGUCUGUCUUGUCUAGUCUCUAUCAGGAGCUUGAUUCAAUUUCAUCUUUUCAUAAGAAGGAUCCUUACUUGGGCAUCUACAUGAGUGACACACAUUUUAAUCCAAAACUAAGAUCUAUUUUAGUGGUAUCCAAAAAGGGUAACCUUGAAAUGCCAGUCUUUAAUUUUCCAAGUGGGAGACAAAACAGCCAGCCAUUGGCAAUCGCUUGAGUCAGUAAGUCAGAAAAAUAUAAUGAAGUUUAUCAAGGGAGGUAAUGUGUAGGUCUUGAUAAUGCCUUUGAGUUCCGUCCACUGAGCUGAGCAAUCUUGUUGGUUUUCAGUUAUUCAUAGAUGAUUGAAUAUCUGUAGCAGCCAGUGGAUACCACUGGGCUUCAGCUCAACCAAAUCAUCAGUGAACCAGGCCCAACAUGUAGUAGAACCUCGAUAAAUCGAGGGUCCUAUUGAGUCAGUGGUUUUGUUUUGAGCCAUGGAGUAGGGGAUAAAGUUUCCCCCAAAGGGUAGGCUGCCACAUUUUUAUGUGAGGCCUACAUGCCACUGGGGCAAGACCAACUGCAUUCUUGAAUAUAUGCCAUUCGUAUUUGACAAGUGAGGCUUAUUCAGCCUUUUCUACCUUGUUGAGCGACCAUAAAUGGGACUAUCAAGCUGCAGAGUCACAAGAUCUGCAUGGGAAUGAAAUUUAGUUUUGACUAGUUCAGUGACCAACUAAUGGCUAUAGCUGGUAGCCAUAUCAAGAGGUAAUGAGUCUAAAACCUCAAAGGGUACCUCUGUCUCCUUUUGCCAGAGUCUCCAAUUGGCAAAAUCAUUAGUUAUAGAGAAUUGUAUCACGAAGUUGUCAUUAUGAUUGUGAGGCCAUAAAGGUAAAGAGUGUGCCCCAGCUUUCUGGACAGCUUUUAACAUAGCCUGUUAGUUUGGGUCCAAUUCAAAGGAUAUUAUUUUGUAGGCUAGCUGAUAUAAAAGAAAAAGUAGAAUACUCAAAUGAGGCCCAACACUGUCCCAAUAGCAGAGUCAAGUAAAGUGCUGGGCUGUUUUUCCUUAACUGCUGGGUAGAUUUAGCACUGUAAAUCUGCUUACACAGUUCCAGUGAACUUUACUUAGGUAGCAGGUCCCUGAAUGUUUUGGGGGUUUAUCAACCACCUCUGCUAGUAGAAGUGUCAUAACUCAAUCAGGGCUGUUGAUAUGGAGACUUCUGACUUGACACCGAAAGGACCUAAUUUAUAUAGUGACUGUUUUGGGCACCAGAAGGUAAAGGAACUUGUGUGAAACCCUGACUCACCAUUUGUUGCAAAUGGCAGAGUUGGGAACUCCUGGGGUAUCCUACUGCCUACUGGCCCUUCUCUACAUGUGGCUGUUCUUGGUUAAGGGAUCUCCUUUAGCAUGUAUGAGAUGGGGAAGUACAAGCAUAUAACAUCAAGUUCUACUGUAUAUUCAGAUGUAGAAGCAACAACAACACUAUCUUGAAUGGACACAUAGAAUCCCUCCAAAGAUCACAUUAUUUUCCUUUUCUACUCUAAACCUUGCUCAAAUCCCCUUGUUUGUAUGCUCCUCUUUUCCCACAGGAGAGUAGGUAUGAUGGUGACUUGAGUGCCUGCAACCAACAGAGUGGUAAAUGUUUAAGAAACCCUCUCCAGGUUUUCCUAGCAGAUUCAGAUGGGUGUGUAUCGUCCAGUCCCUCUUGGUAACAGGAAAACUUUAGUCUCCUUUCUAAUUAUCUUUUUUCUUGAAGCAGCUGAAGUUGGGGUAGUUUGGGAGGGAGUCAUUAAGACUGAAGAAAGAGAGAAUCUUUGACAGUAGACAAGAUGUUUGCAUUCACUUUUAUUUUUGACCAGCAUAUCAGCUGCUAAUGAUCCAACCAACUUCCAAUGUUUUCAAUGUUUUUGGUCUACCCAAAGGCCUAUGUUGAACAGCAAGGUUCUGUUUACUGACAUCAUUUAUUUGAGCUUUGGGGACCCCUUAACUUAGAGGCCGCUUUCAUAUUGCUUUUUCUCUGAGGCUGCAGGUUUUAUGUCCUUUUGUUGAUUUGUACUUGACUUGCAUAUUGGAGACAUGUUUAAAGAAUCUAUCUUAAUCCAGAGUAUUUCUUGCUGUUGUUAAUAAUGUUUAAUGUAAUUCCUGGUUUCAACAUAAAAGUAGGGGAAAUUUCCAGGUAGACCUGACCAUACUAAUUUAUCUAGAGUCCUUUGGAUCAGUUUCUCAUUCUCUAGUGAACUUCUUCCGCGUUGUAAACCCAAUCUGCGACAAUAAGAGUCCAAAUGUGAGUCAAUGCUUCACUAAGUUUUCCUAUGGGAAUCAGUCUCAGGGAAAGCUCUCUGUAUUGUAGUCAGGACCCACUUCAAAAUCUUUGGGACCUUUUUACUGUCAUCUAUGAAUAUAUCUAAAAUUGGCAUGAUAGAUUGCAAGAGGUGUUGAGCCCAAAAAUGGCCCACCUGCUUGUCAUUCUGAAUUGCUUACUGAACAGUCAUUGAGUCCUGUCAAAUUAUCUCUAAAGUGAGUCAGUCAAAAUUUUCGUAAUCUCUCAGGUAUCUUCCCAUAAAUGAUUUCCAUUUUUCCCUUUUAG